CCAUCUAUUGCAAAGUCUCGCCUGGAUGGCUGCUUCGUUAGGACCUGGAUGAAUUGGAGAAGAAACUUUCCUUCUCUUCUACAUCGCUAACGAUGACUAGAGACUAAGGCAUCUCACGCUUCAACGAGCAAUGGCUCUCAUUCCUAAUAACCCCUUCCUCGAGGAAAUACUAUAGAAAUCCGCUCAUCCCAACAAGUUCAGCGUCUGAAAAUCCUUCGACCACUUGACUUGCAUGAAUCACUUGCACUAGAAGUAGAGUGUCAACCUCUGGCCAUCUCACCAUCUAUUUGGUUUGUUAUGCAUCCUAGCGGAUUAGGGAGCAACGCCGGGGCCCAACUGGAGGCCUCUUUUUGUAGGGAUUAUCGGGGAGAUAAUGUUCAAAUCUUGCCGCAAGCACUCGGUGUUUACGACAAGACAUAUGAUAGCACCCUAUAUUGCGGACGCAGCAUUCCCAUUUUGUAGUCAAGCGGAACGGGAAAAUUACGCCUGGUAGCAGAAGUGUUGGGGGACACACCUGGCUUAAGUAUUUGCUUCUGCGACUCGAGAGGCCGGCUGGCCUCCGCGAGAUGAGGUCAUGUGUCGAUUCGAGUAUUUAGUAUGUUUGAUUAAGGCAAUGCACUGACCCAUCCCGUUAGGAA